CAAUAAGCCAAAAUAGCCAAAAUAGUCCACAUAUUUAUUUAUUAAUCAUUACUUUCUCAACUCCUUCAAUCAUCACAGUUAUGAGUUUUUCAACACCCUCCAUUUCCUUUAAUUUCCCAUAAAUAUAUAUGUAUAGAUGCAGAACAUUGAGGGAGAAACAUGGGUGUAAAUGGAAGAACAGAAGAGGAGAAAUUACUAUUACACGAUACCUUAUCUUCAUGUUCAUCAGACGAGUCCACCCAUCUUCUAAAAAGAACAGGGACGACAUGGACUGCAGUGGCUCAUAUAAUAACAGGUGUGAUAGGAGCUGGUGUAUUGUCACUUUCAUGGAGUGUGGCUCAGUUGGGUUGGAUUGGAGGGCCUUUAGCUAUGGUGUUGUUUGCAGCCACAACCAUUGUUUCAACACAACUUAUUUCUGAUUUUUACAGAUAUCCUCAUCCUCAUUUUGGUCCUGCUCGCUGCCCUUCUUACAUGCAAGCUGUCCAUUUGUAUUUAGGAGAGAAAUGGAAGUAUGUGUGUGGAGUGUUUGUGCAACAGAACUUGUGUGGAUGUGGGAUUGUUUAUACCAUUACAGCAGCCACCAGUAUCAGAGCCAUUCGACGAUCGAACUGUUACCACGAAGGAGGGGAACAAGCAACAUGUUCGGACGGACUUAGUCUGUACAUCUUGCUAUUUGGAGCUUUUCAGAUUAUAGUGUCACAGAUUCCAAAUUUCCAUAACAUGGCAUGGCUUUCUGUUAUUGCUGCAAUCAUGUCCUUUGCCUACUCUUUUAUUGGAUUUGGACUUGGCUUUGCAAAAGUCAUAGAAAAUGGAACAAUUCAAGGGAGUAUAACAGGAGUUCCAGCCUCAAAUAUGGCUAACAAAAUAUGGUUGUCAUUUCAAGCAAUUGGGAACAUUGCUUUUGCUUAUCCAUACUCAGUUAUCCUUCUUGAGAUUCAGGAUACGUUGAAGUCUCCACCAGCACAACACUACACCAUGAAGAAGGCUUCACUUAUUGCAAUCUUCUCAACAACCAUUUUCUAUCUAUGUUGUGGAUGUUUCGGGUAUGCAGCUUUCGGAAACAACACACCGGGAAACCUCUUAUCGGCAUUCGAUUUCUUCCAACCUUAUUGGCUCAUAGACUUUGCUAAUGUUUGCAUUGUUCUACACUUGGUGGGAGGAUAUCAGAUGUACAGUCAGCCAGUAUUCGCAGGAGUCGAAAGAUGGUACAACAAGAAAUACCCGAACAGCGAAUUCGGGAAGAGUUUGAAGGUACCACUGGUGCCAACAAUUGAACUAAAUCCCUUUCAAUUAUGCUUUCGAACCGCGUAUGUAAUGUGUACAACAGGAAUUGCCAUGUUGUUUCCUUAUUUCAAUCAAGUUUUGGGAGUGUCAGGGGCAUUGGGUUUUUGGCCUAUGGUUAUAUAUUUUCCAGUGGAAAUGCACUGUGUGCAAAACAACAUAGUUCCAUGGACAAGAAAAUGGCUUCUUCUCAAGACUUUUAUUGUUUGCUUUGUUGUUGCAGUUGCUGGUGUCAUUGGAUCACUUCAAGGACUUAUUAGUGCUAAGUUUAGUUGAAUUAUUAAGUAAAAAAAAAGAAAAAGACUAUUCUUUUAUGGUAAAUUUGUAAAAAGAGAAAAAAAAAUGUGCUAUUUUCAUGUUGUUUGUAACUAUUGUUAUCUGUUUUUCCCUUUUGACUUUUGACUCUUGAGCAUGUGAAAUUGAUUCUAUAUGGGAAAGUGAUUUUUCACUUUUUGGUUUUGUUAAGAGAAAUUUACUGUAUAAAUACUUAAGUUUAAUUUUCGGUUAUAAAUAAAUACUUAAGUUUAAUUUUGGCGG